AUGGUGUUUAUUAAAAUGGAGAGUGAAGAUGUGAAGGUUGAAGAAACAUUGAGAAUCAAACGUGAAGAUUCUGAGGAACAAACAGACCUGACGACACUGAAAGAGGAAAGUCAAGAAUUCAAUAAAGAAGAAGAUGACAUUCAUUCUGAAAAGACACGAAAAAGAGAUCAAAAGACAGCAAACAGAAGAUAUUUCACCUGCCAUCAGUGUGGAAAGAGUUUCAACAAAAAAGGAAAGCUUGAAGUCCACACAAGAAUUCACACUGGAGAGAAGCCUUUCACCUGCCAACAGUGUGGAAAGAGUUUCAUUCAAAAAGUAAAUCUUAAAUACCACACAAGAGUUCACACUGGAGAGAAACCCUUCACCUGCCAACAGUGUGAAAAGAGUUUUACUAAACCAGGAAACCUUAAAGACCACAUGAGAGUUCACACCGGAGAGAAGCCUUUCACCUGCAAACAGUGUGGAAAGGGUUUUACUAAAAAAGGAAACCUUAAAGACCACACGAGAAUACAUUCGGGAGAGAAGCCUUACUCCUGCUCGCAAUGCGGAAAAAGUUUUGCACAUAAACAACACCUCGAUGCCCACAUAAGGAUUCACACCGGAGAGAAACCUUUCACCUGCCAACAGUGUGGAAAGAGUUUCACUGAAAAAGGAAACCUUAAGAAACACAUGAAGAUUCACACGUAA